AUGGAACAUACGUUUGCUAGCGAUAUCUUUUCGAUUGAAAGUUUUGCGAAACCGUUAGUUGUCCUACUUGAUGGUGAAAUAUAUCAGUUGUGUGAAGGAAAGUCGCCCAAAAAGUUAUUUGAUCUAAAAGAACGAGUUAAGUUAACUUUGGUUAAGGACGAAGUCUUAUACAUCUGCACAGUGGCCGAGGUGUAUCGUUUAGAGGCCGGGCAGUUGAAAGGUAUUCUGAAAGGGGAGUUUGAGCAGGUGUCAGCUAUGGACAUUUCAAGUUGUAGGACGUACUUGGGAACGGGUACUUAUGCCGGAAACGUUACGAUGCAUAACUUGGUACUACGCACUAAGAUUACUUAUCAAGAACAUGAAGAUAGUAUUGUCGGAUUGGUGAUUCGGAAUAAGUCUUUUUAUACAGCGAGUGAGGAUGGGAUUAUUAAUCGUACACGGAUUGAUGAAGAAGAGCCUCGGGAUACUUUUGGCAUCGGUAAACUGUUGCGGUAUCUGGGUAUCUUUAAUAAGGUUUUACUUGUAAUUGAUGCUCAAGGCUCUCUUUAUACGUUUGAUAGUACUAUUAAUGACUUCUGCCGGGAAAGGAAGGUUUUACCAGGUGUAACUGAGGUGUAUCCGAUCAAGCAAACAAUUUAUACCGUUCAUAACCAGGAAAUAACAGAGUUACUGCCCAAUCGCCAAAUCAACAAAAUGCCCUACCCCGAGAUGUACUUCGAAGGUCUUUUUGCCUACCGCAACCAACUCUAUCCCUACAGCGGCUGUGCAAUUCUUAAGUGGAAAUCUCCUAAGGCCGAAGGUGAAAUAGAUGACUUCUUUGAAGACCUCUAA